CAAUAGCAAUGACAGUACAAUAUUGUAUAUUUUAUUAAAAAGAUCGCAAAAUGAAUGGUGCGAGAGUUUCUUGCGCCGCUUCUUCUCUCUGAGAGCGCCAUUUGUUUUCGAAGCGGUAGUAGUAUCUAGUAUAUUAGAAAUGACAUCAAAAAGAGUUCUAAAGGAAUCAAUUUUGAGAAAAUAAUUGCAUUUUAUGCCUUUUUAUGUUAAUAUUUUUAUACUAUGGUGCUUUACAAUUUGGAUUCACAAUUGAAUCAUUUAAGACCUCAAACGCAGAAACAGUGUAAACCUAAUCAAUUCUAAAUGAAUACGUAAUUUAAGACUGAAUAAUUUGAGUAAUUAAUCCAAUAUGUAGAUAACUGUAGGUGUUCAUAAUAACAUUAUCUAAAAUAAUACACAUUAAACACUUUGUUUGUAUCUAAAUUACUUUAUACCUUCAUACAUAUUAACAAUACGCUGUGAACCACAGUCACGAAAUCUAUAAGUAGGUAGUAUAGUACCUAAACCCACAGUGCUGCAUAUUGAAAAAUAAUAGUCAUUAAAUUAUUAAUAGCACUUCACAAAAUGUUUCGACUUAGACGAUCGUGUAUUACUUAUUCAGAUAAUUAUUAAGUGAUCAUCAAUCAAAAAGGAUAAAGUUAGUGUUGAUUUAAACAUUCGUAAUGUUGCGAUUAAUUAAUACACUAACUAUUUCGUAUUUGGUGGCAGUAAUAGUUUCAACUUAUGCCAAAGUAGAGUAUAAUAUAGUCGAGACAAGUAGUGGACUGGUUAGAGGCAGACUGGAUCAAUACAAAAGCACAAAAUAUUACUCUUACAAAGGAAUACCUUACGCUGAAAGUCCAACAGGAUCUCUACGAUUUCAACCGCCAGUACCCAAACAACCAUGGACUGGCGUUUACAAUGCAACACAGUAUGGCCCAGUUUGUCCACAAAGUGUUUGGAGAUACAAAAGAGAACAGAUGAGUGAAGAUUGUUUAGUGCUGAACAUAUUUGUCCCGGUUACAAAUAAUUCUGACAAAUUACUGCCAGUGGUCGUCAACAUUCAUGGCGGUGGUUUCAGGACUCUUUCUGGAGACAGCCAAUAUAUUUACGGCCCCGAAUUAUUAUUGCAGAAAUUAGUCAUAUUUAUCUCAGUAAACUUCAGACUCGGGCCACAUGGAUUUUUAUCAAUGAAUAGUGAAACAGCAACAGGCAAUGCCGGUUUAAAGGAUGUUAUUCUCUCAUUGAAAUGGAUAUGUAAAAACAUUGACAAAUUUAACGGUGACAAAAACAAAAUAACGCUAAUGGGACACAGUUCUGGUGCAUCAUUGAUACAUUAUUUAAUGUUAACAAAGAAGACCACAAAUCUUUUUCAGCAAGUAAUUCUCAUAAGUGGAAGUGCAUUAAAUCAAAGAGUACUGUCUAGAUAUCCUACAGAAAUAGCUCUCCAACUAGCUCAUGAACUAGGUAUUCAAACUGAUAGCAUAGACACAAGUACAAUAUUGAAAACGUUAACAGAAAUUGAUCCAUUUGAAAUUUCGGAUUCUGAUGGUAAAUUGGUCCUAGCUAAUGAAACUGCCCUACAAACUCUGUCUCUAUUUGUCCCUAAUAUUGAAAUUUCGUCGUCACACUCAAUCUUAGCAGAACAUCCAAAGUUUAUAGUUAAGGAAGGGCUUCCGCAAAAUGUACGAGUGUUGACAGGCAUCAACAGUAUGGAAGGCUUUUACAUGUAUCCUCGAAUAAUGAAACGUUUUGAAGAAUUACAAUUCAUUCACCAAAAUAAACAAAUCUUAAUACCUUCUGAUAUCGAAUAUCCUUUGAAUUCCAGAAACUCAAUAGAACUGGGAGACCUAAUAUUCAAAUUUUAUUUUAAAAACGAUUCAAGAAUCACGCAUUAUAAUAGUGAUCGUUUAAUUGAGUAUAUAUCAGAUAUUAUUUAUGUUUACAAUGUAGAUCUCUGGACCAGAAUACAUAAGCUAAGAAGAGAAAGCAGAGAAUUAUAUUUUUACGAGUUUGAAUUCGAUGGAGCAUUAAACUGGGCGAAGCUUAUGUAUGAUAUUCAAAAGCCCGGUGUCUCACAUGCAGAUGAGUUGGGAUAUUUAUUUUUGACUAAUAUUACCAAAAAUAUUAUUGACUCUAUAGAUGGAAGGACUCGUAAAAUCCUCAAUACCAUGCUAGAGUUUAUCACAAACUUUGUUAAGUAUGGGAAUCCAACACCACCCCACACAAACAGUAAUACCACAUGGCCAGAAUAUGGUAUGGAUCAAAAUUACCUUGUAAUAAAUGAUGAACUGAAAGUGAUGCAAAGAAAUGCAUCGGAACGAUAUAAAAGAAUGUGUUUUUGGGAUCAAGUGUACGAGGAGUAUUAUAAAUAUGUAAGAGACGGUGGAAUGCUGCAAAGGAAAAUAGCGCCUUAGAACACCAAUGAUUUCCAACAGCAGAAGUCUACUUUCGGCCAAUGAUGGCUGAAAGACACUACGAACAAUAUUCAUGUACACAAAUAAAAUUUGAACAACAAAAUUUUAUGAACGAUGCGGGAUACAAACCCACGACCUCCGGCGUUCCGUGCCGGUGCUCUAACCCACUGAGCUAACCGUUCGAGUACCGCCUCGUUAUAAAAUUCUGUUUGCUUUGUUCAACUCUCAGGUUGUGGCUGUAAAGUAGAUCCUCUACAAUUCUUCAUGUAGAUGAAAAGUUUUUCAAAUUUUAUUUGUGUAUUAAUCCUAGAAGUGAGGGUUAUCACUUUAAAAAACAUAACAUAUUGUUGAUAUUCAUGUAUAUAGUAAGAAUGCAGACUACCACUUAAUAGACGUAAGGGACUUGGAUCGGCAACAGAUAUAAAUGGUUAUAAAUUUGGAACAAUUGAUUUGGAAACGUGUACAGACAAAGCAGCGAGUAUUCUACGGAUAUACCCAGUAACGACGUUCGUUUUCGUCGUCCAUGUUAACACUUCCGUGUGCUUUCACAAGGGUCUCUAUACGCACUGGUCGUAAAAAUUCGGAAAAAAAACCUGACGUUUGAGAAAAAUAUAUCUAUGUCUUGAA